UUCUCCAAACAUUUGAACCAGCAGUUCGAGAUCCGCGAGAGGGGAACCAGAUGGCGAAGCCGAAGAAGCCGCGGACCACGGCCCCAGAUCCGCCCACCGGCGAUGCUCGCCUCCCAUGGCACCCGCCGGCGCCGCCUGUCGCCACCGGGCUCCUCAUCUCCCUCGCCGCCCUCCUCGUCCGCGUGCUCAUCUCCGUCGGCCCCUACUCCGGCCAGGGCGUGGCGCCCAAGUUCGGCGACUACGAGGCCCAGCGACACUGGAUGGAGCUCACCCUCCACCUCCCCUCCUCCGACUGGUACCGCAACACCUCCGACAACGACCUCGCCUACUGGGGCCUCGACUACCCGCCCCUCUCCGCCUACCAGAGCCGCCUCCAUGGCCUCCUGCUGAACUCAUCGCUCCCCGACGCAGUCGCACUCCGCUCCUCUCGCGGCUUCGAGUCCCCGGAAUCGAAGCUUCUGAUGCGCUGGACGGUGCUGUCGUCCGAUCUGGUGGUGUUCUUCCCGGCGGCGCUGUGGUUCGUGUGGGCAUACUUUAAGCAUGGGGUUGGUGGAACUGGAGAGGAGGGAGCGGCGGGUUGGACGUGGUUGCUUGCCAUUUGCCUGAUUAACCCAUGUUUAGUAUUGAUCGAUCACGGCCAUUUUCAGUAUAAUUGCAUCAGCCUUGGGUUGACGCUUGGAGCUAUUGCGGGUGUUUUUUCAAGGCACGAGCUUGUUGCUGCUGCGCUCUUCAGUCUUUCGAUCAAUCACAAGCAGAUGAGCCUGUAUUUUGCACCUGCUUUUUUUGGGCAUCUUCUGGGAAAAUGUAUGAAGCGAAAGUAUCCAAUUGUUGAGGUCAUGAAACUUGGUUUUGUUGUACUGGGAACAUUUGCUCUUGUUUGGUGGCCAUUUUUUCAUUCUUAUGAGGCUGCUAUGCAGGUGAUCUCUCGAUUAGCUCCAUUCGAGAGAGGCAUAUACGAGGACUAUGUUGCCAAUUUUUGGUGUAGCACUUCAGUCCUUAUCAAGUGGAAGAGGCUGUUUGCAAUAAAACCCCUGAAACUCAUGAGUCUUUCUGCCACCAUCUUGGCUUUCCUGCCUUCAUUUGUUCAGCAAGUCAGAUCACCAAGUAAUAUUGGCUUUCUUUAUUCUCUAUUGAACAGCUCAAUUUCGUUCUACUUAUUCUCAUACCAAGUGCAUGAGAAAUCAAUUUUGCUUCCUCUUUUGCCUGCAAGCCUUUUAGUACUAGAAGAACCUCAGUUGUAUGGAUGGUUCAUGUACUUUGCCCUUUUCUCAAUGUACCCACUUAUCUGCCGUGAUCAGCUUCUUCUACAAUAUAUAGCCAUUCUUGGUCUCUACGGUCUUAUUUACUACUCACCUGGUGGGAGCUACAAAAAGGGGGUGAACAUUCCAUCUGGAGCCAAGGCAGUUAUGAGUCUGACAUUGUUGUGCUCAUUGUUACUCCAAAUUAUAUACCUGCGAAUAGAGCCCCCCAAGAGGUGGCCUUUCCUCUUUGAUGCGCUGAUAAUGUUCAUUUGUUUUUCACAAUUCGUCAUUCUAACACUGUACAGCAAUUAUAAGCAAUGGAUGUUGGAUUCCCAUUCCAGAUCGAUACGUAGGAAGAAGGAUGUAUGAUCCAAAAUUUUGAAAGCUAAUGUAACAUUGUGUGUUCUCUCUUGUAAUGAAACUGAUUCAUUUUUUAUUGAAAGGAUGAA